ACUUUGCGCCAUGUCGCACGACGAUCACAGCCGAAGAAACAGCGCGCCUAUUCAUCUCGGCUGUCGUUCGCCUGCAUGGUAUCCCUGUGGCGAUCAUCAGCGACAGAGACCCAAAAUUCACCUCGUGCUAUUAGCAAGACACGUGGAACCGAUAUGGCACCAGCCUACAAUUCUCAUCCACCUAUCACCCGCAAACCGAUGGUCAGACAGAACGGACAGAUCAGACCAUGGAACAGUUGAUUCACACGAACUGGCUGGAUACUCGCAAGUGGGAAGAUUCGCUACCGAUGCUCAAGUUUUACUACAACAACGCACCCUCCGCCAUAACCAAUCAUUUGCCAUUUUCCCUAAAUUACGGGAUGGAUCCGAUGAAACCCAUUUCCACCAACGCUGAAAGUCAAGUCCCUCAAUCGCAGCAG